GCUUUCUGGUCGCGUGUGUGAAUUCCAGCAAUGGCCUCUCUCUCUCUCUCUCCCUCUCUCUCUCAUAAAGCUCACCUUUUCUCCGUUUCUUAAUUCCCUUUCCAUUAUUGUUAACCACCUUUGAAAAUUCUCUCUCUCUCUCUCUCUCUCUCUCUCUCUUCAAUGCGGUGGAUGUCAGUCUUUGUUAAACGCCUUGACUUCGGACCUGAGAAUUCUCUGGUUGGUAUCCCAUUUACGUCGGUUGUGAUCCUUCAAAGGCACUUUCAAAUUCUUAUUAAUUCUCUUGACGACUGUUCAGUUUCCCAUCCAAGUUUAACAUUCGCCUACAGCUUCGAUUCCAGCCGAUGUAAAUUUUUUUUUUGGCGCUGUAUUUGCUCGAUGAGAAAUGGUAACAGUGAAUCUCGUGGGGCAAAACAUAGUUAUACUACGAAGGACGUUGUGGCUGUGGGUAUGAUCCGCUGGGUGCAUGGGAGGAUUACCACAACUUUUUGACUUCAAUCAGGGCAACAUGGCAAGGAAAGUUAUCACACAGAAGAGACAAAGUGGUGGCCUAGAGGCUCCUCGAAACAGCUUGGAACUGCCAGUAGAAACUUCACAAAGCUAUUUUGCUGAUGGAGACAUUAUACCGUAUUCUUACGAAGUCAGAAGUGAGUGGUCUGAGAACUCUUAUCCAACGGAGGCUUCAAUGAAGAAAUUGAUCAAUGAAGAGAUAUCCAAAAGACCAAACAACAGACGAAAUGCACCAAGCGUUGUCGCUCGUCUGAUGGGAAUGGAUAUGCUACCUUUAGAAACCAAAACUGAAUCCCAGGACGCUGUAAAAAGGAAUGAAAAGCCAAGAACGAGUCUCCAAAAUAAGGAAAAUAACAAAAAAAGCUCCAGAGGCAACGUUCAUCAGAACUCAAAUUCUUCAAAACAGAUAAAGGUUGAUCAACAUGAUGAGGAUAGAAAUCCCAACCAUCAGCAUGUUAGCAUGAAGUUGAAAAAACCAAGGCCUCGAGAACAUCCUCAAGAGGAGGAGCUCCAGAAGUUUAAGAAAGAAUUUGAAGCGUGGCAAGCAGCAAGGUUUAGGGAAUGCACAAAGGCUAUUGAACUUGACAGAAUUCCCAGCCAGGUUCUUGCUCAGGAGAACCUCAACAUGGAAAAGAUUGCUUUAUGUGGAAAUUCAAGUAGAAUUACAAGAAGUGAGAAGAAGCCUGUCGAACUUAAAAGCCUUGCUGUAAAAGAAAGGUCACCAGAAGGAGGUGAGUUACAACAUCAGGCAUACGGAAGGGAAUUUUUUCCAUCAGAGCAGAAGGAAUCACAUUCUUUAAGGAGUUCUUUAAGGAGUAGAACCCUACGUAGAGAUUUUGACAUUUCUUCUGCUCCAACAAAAAUAGUGAUUCUGAGGCCUGGCAUUGACCGCAUUAGCAGCAUGGAUGAGUCCUGGGUAAGUUCGUCCGGCACUUCAGAAGAGAGAGGCAGUAUGGAACAUUUUCUUGAGGAGGUAAAGCAAAGACUGAAAUAUGAGUUGCAAGGGAAAGUUCAAAGUGGAAACAUGAUCAGAGGGGGCGGAAUUGAGACCCCAUAUACCGAAAAGCCAUCUGAUCCAAAAGAAAUAGCUCAAAGAAUAGCAAAGCAGGUAAGAGAAAGUGUAACUAGAGAUAUUGGAAGGAAUUUGCUUAGAUCAGAAUCCACAAGAUCUUAUAGAAGUGAGAUACAGAAUAAUGGCCCAGGUUCUCCUGAGUUUAUCAACAGAGAUACUAGAAGACUUUUAGCUGAGAGGCUGAGGAAUGUUCUAAAGGGAGAAACAAGUUUGCAUAACCCGACAGUUCCCUGUAGCAGCUCAAGUAAGUUGAGCUGCAGCGACAUUGUAGAAGAUGAACCUGAAAUGCAAACCAGAUCAUUCAGACGUGGUUCUGACGACUAUUCAAUGCAUCAUAGAGAUUUGUCUCCUAUGAAUCUCGUUAGAUCUUUGUCAGCCCCGGUAUCAGGAACAUCAUUUGGGAAGCUGCUUCUCGAGGACCGCCAUAUUUUAACUGGAGCCCACAUCAGGAGGAAGCAUGAAGCUAUUGAAAGUGCAGCCGUGGACUUGAAAAAGAAGCGGAAGAAGGAAAGGUUCAAUUUUAAAGAAAAAGUUUCCAGUUUUAAAUACAGUUUCAUUCUCCGGGGGAGGCUGUUCAGUAGAAAGAUCCAGUCAGCGGAGCAGCCACGCAAGUAUGAGUGUAGUUCCUUGAAAGAUAUCACAAGUGGACCAACGGUAGUGAUGAAUCUCAGAGAGAGGCAUGAAGGAUCUCGUGAGAACUCCACUGAGGUGCCACCGAGCCCUGCAUCUGUGUGCAGCAGCAAUCAUGAGGAGUUUUGGAGGGCAGCAGAUCAUCUUAGUUCAACAUCAACAUCAGAUCUUUCACCACUGGAUGAUUCCAUGCCUCAGGCUUUCAGAGAGAUUAGCUCUAAUCUAACUGAGUUGCGGAGGCAACUGAACGAACUCGAUUCUGGUUGUCCGAAGGAGACAAUCAUUCAAGAGCAUACGUUGGAAGCUGAAAUGGAGUUGGAGGAUGAAGCAGAAGCUUACGUAAGAGACUUGCUUGUUGCUUCCGGUCUGUACAAGGGCUCAUCAGAGAAAGUUUUAUCGAGGUGGGAUCCAUUUGCAAAACCGAUAAGUAACCGGAUCUUUGAAGAACUGGAGGAGUCUUAUAGGAACACGACCAAGAAGGAUAGUGAAGGAUCCAAAAGAGACAAUGUGGAUCAUAAGUUAUUACUUGAUUUGCUAAAUGAGGCACUCACAAUUGUUCUCGGACCACCAGUGACCGUGUCUAGAUUCAGGAAGACGGGUAUGUGUCCCACAAGUCGACCUCUGCGUGGAAGGAAGUUAUUGCAUAGCGUGUGGGAGAUCAUUUGUGGACAUUUAUACCCGCCGUCAGACAAAUGUUUUUACUCGAUUGAUAGUAUGUUGGCCAGAGAUCUGCGUUCCACCCCCUGGGCGGGUUUGAUGAACGAUGACAUUGAUUCUUUGGGGAAAGAGAUGGAAUCCCAGAUAACUGGAGAUCUGAUUGAGGAAAUAGUGAAGGUCCUGAAGGAUAUGCACUCAUAAUGGAGUGCAUAAAAAACCUUAUAUAUACAUUGUGACCAUACUCGCGGUCACUCGGGUUAAAACCAACUCACAAAUCGAGCACUGAUUGGUCAACAUUAGAUUCGAUCGGCUUGUAAAUUAUUUCUCGAAGUACCUAAUAAUUAGUCUUGCAUGCAGGCCCGAAGCUGGUUUCUGCAAUGUUUGGUUACUUGUGUUGAAGAGGAUAUUGGAUGUGCAUCUUUUGUGUUAAUGGUUGUGGUAUAGGGAAGUGGUUGGUUUGGAGUUCUUUCUGAUUGUACAGUACUAUUUCGUGUAUGAGGCUAUUUUUGUGAUAUAUGAUGAUAAUGAUUUCUUCGUGCA